UUCCUAGGUGACCAGAGAGAACAGGGUCCUGAAGAGGAGGAGCCAGAUGAUGAUGCCUCUUAUCGAGGAGCUGCCUGAGCAAAUGGCGGAUGGUGUGAUGAUGGCCGACCCCCUGGCGGACGCCGCGGAGGAGGGUCUGGAGGAGGACGGCAGCGGUGAGGCGGACGCCGGUCUGCACAGCCAGGCCAAGAUGGACGAGCUCCAGGCCAUGGUAGACAGCCUCCUGUCUGAGAAGAUGGGUUUGGAGAAACUGGUCAGCAGUCUGAACGCAGAGAUGACCCUGCUGAAGGAACAGCUAGAGGUGGAGGUUAAGGAGAAAGACGCCAUCUUAAAUAAAAUGAACAAGCAGAGCAAGACCAUGAACAAGAUGAAACGAGUCUCCCAGCUGGUGACGGAGGAGUUCUCUGAGAUGUCUCAGCAGCUGGAACUGGAGCAGGGGCUGCGCCAGCACGCUGAGGUCCUCGCCCACCAGGUGUUGGUGGAGGACCAGGAGAUCCAGAGGAGGAACCAGCAGCUGAAGGACAACUCGGAGACCAGCAAGCAACUCCUGCACACCCUGGGGAUGGUCUCCACCAUCAGCAUGACGCUACGGGACAUACAGCUCCACUACCACAACCAGAGCCACGGUGUGAUAAGGGAGAGUAUGGUCCUGUCCGAGCUGAAGACCCUCCGAAUGGAGCAGGAGAUGAAGGAGAAGGAGAGGAGGAGCCUGGAGGUCCAGCUGACGGAGGCUCGGGACACCAUCCAGCAUCUCCAGAGAGAAGUGUACCACUUGAAGCAGGCAUUGAAAGAAGAGCAGGAAAAAGGCAGACAAGCAGGGGAGAACUCCCUUUCAGCUCGUCCUUCUCCUCCACUGGCGUGUCCUCCUCCUCCUCCACUGGGGUGUCCUCCUCCUCCUCCACUGGGGUGUCCUCCUCCUCCUCCACUGGGGUGUCCUCCUCCUCCUCCACUGGGGUGUCCUCCUCCUCCUCCUCCUCCUCCUCCUCCUCCUCCACCACCUCCUCCACCACCAGCUCCUUGUCCUUCUGACAUCAACAUCAACCCACUUGAUGCCAUACGGGAAAGGAAGAAGAAAGGAGCAUCAGAAGUGAAUAAUCAGAAAAAAGCAGCAGCUCUGGGGGACCUGAAGGGCCGAGCGGUGGACGAGAUGAUGGACAGGAUCAAGAAGGGCAUCAUCCUCAGGCCCUCCGUCAAACCCCCGCCGGUCCCUCAAAGCGACGAGAGCUCCUGGGAGGACUCAAGGAGUGAAAAAAGGAAAUCUGCAGUUCUUGAGUUGAAAGGAAUGCUGGACACCAUGAGACUCAAGGAUCAGCAGCGAGCGGCAUCCAGUCACAGGAGGAUGCAGCGGAACGUGGGCUCGCCGGAGCUGAUGCGGGUGCUCCAGAGGAGGAGGCGGGCCAUCGGAGAAGGUGGCGACGGGCAAUUCGCCACUCAAACAGAGGACUCCCAGGCAUCCCACCCGUGGAGCCCAGCGUCCGGAGCUGCUGCCUGGGGGGAAGAGGACGGCGGAGCCCCCGUGCUCCGGAGGCUCAGACAGAACCGGGAGAAGAGGGACUCCCGCAUCCGAGCGUCAACAGUGGUCCUUGGCGAGGACUUAGACGAAGAGCCCCCCAAGGGAGACGACCCGUCAAAGGAGGAGGGGAAAUAAGGACGACAUGGAGCCAAGAGAUAAACAAUACGAGUUUGAAUCGAGUGAUCGCUAAUUUUUUUAUUGACUAUUGACUUCAGUUCUCUUUUAUGGGAUGCUUUUGUCCAAAGGAAUUAACAGUGAAAUCAGAAGCGUGUCGUUAAGGAGCAGGUUAGAGGUUGGGGAGGCAUCUUGCUCCUUGGGGAUCGAACCCAGUACCUUUUCGUAGGUUGGGAAUAUAACAUCCUAGCCAGUACACCACCCUCCUUCCCCACACGUCUAAUGUGCAACCAAAACCAAGCAUGUGUUUGUUUAAUUGUUCUGUGUAAAUGCAUAAAUAUCAAGAAAAGAUAGAAUAUUAGCCAAUAGGUUUGGUUGAUAGUCAUUUCCCUACCCAGAAGUUCUUGCAGGCAGCUCUUGACCCAGGGAGGAGUUCAGCUGUCCAAAGGUUCCUUCAAACUGUAACCGAAACCAAACCCAACUUCUCAUCCGAAUUCCACAUUUCACAUCCACAUUUUCUCCAUUCAAAGAGAAGCAGCGACUUAACGCGCCUUACAAACACCUUUUCGCCUGACCCACUCCAGAAAGACACGUCAGGAAGGGUCAAUAAAAUAUAGAUGCGUGAGAAUACUUA